AUGACGGCAAGCACAUCGCACCCACAGCCGCAAUGCGCCUUAUUCAGCAAACUCCCCGCCGAACUGCGUUUCCAAAUCUACCAGCUGGUCCUCAGCCAGCGUGCAGACCUGACACAGCCCGUAGACCAGUAUGCUCUCUACCCCAUGUACUGGCCCGGCCAUACACACCAUACGCAUAUCGACACGAGGCUGCUGCGCACAUGCCGGCUCGUCUACUGCGAGGCCCACGCCAUUCCCAUGCGCAGCUACACGCACCACGUCGGGAACAGCAUGAGGCCAUGGCUGCCGCACGGCGCAAUCAAAUGGCUGUACCACAUGAGCACGCAGCAGGGCGCCCACCCGUACCAUUUGCACAGCCGCUUCAUGGACCUGCAGCCAUGCAACUUUUGGCGCUUCCUGCAGCCCCAUCUCUGCUGGCGCAGAAUCACCUGGACGGUCCAUGUACCCUUCGAACGCGACUUUCCCGACAUGCAAGAACACUCUUGUUUUAUGGGCUUCCUGGCGCAGCUGGUGCUGCCCGCAACCUGCCAUGAGGUCAAUCUGGAGCUGGAACUGAAAGUGCAGUCCAUGCCAUCCGUCACGCAGCUCUUUGAUGAGUGUAGGACACUGAAGCUGAAAAGGGCAGAUGGAACGGCCUUGGAGGUGGAUCAGGCGUCUUCGGUGAGGUAUACAUGGAAGAAGGUCAGACUGGUGCAGUCGGAGUCGGGGUCGGGGUCGAGCACACCAACACUCGACAUUGGUACGAGGUUUCAUAGCCAAAGGUUGUGUUGGAGGGACGACAUUCCGAGAAAAGUGUGCACGAGCUAUGACUUUUUGGACUGUUUGAGCAUUCGAGCCGGACCGGGUGAAAUCGACGAAAUCCAACCUCUCCUAUAG